AAAAGGGGCUGGGAGCGCAUUGCGUCAGGGCAGGCACAAUGGCAGGGGCCUGGAAGGUACUUGUGCUGGUGCUCUGCUUGGCAGGGGUGUCCUGUGCGCACCGGCGGCACCGGCUGCGAUAUGAGGACCUUGUCGCCAAGGCCUUGAGGGUCUACAAUGAAGGCCAGCAGGGGAGGCCCCUCUUCCGCCUGGUGGAAACCAUCCCGCCUCCUCAGCUGAACUCCACCACCAGGUUCCCGCUGAACUUCAGGAUUAGAGAGACGGUGUGCACCUCCACUCCAGAGAGACUGCGACAGCCCCAGAACUGCGCCUUCCUGGAGGGUGGGGAGGAGCGCCUCUGCAACGGCCAAUUCUCCAGGCUGGGGCGGCGUUUGAGCCUGACCGUCAGCUGCGACCGGGACUGUGGGGACCUGAUCCGGGGCCAAAGGGUGAGACCCUCCGCUGAGCCAGCUGAGCCCAGUGAGGCCGGUGAGGUUGCCCAGGUCGCCGAGGUCGCUGAGCCAGCAGGGGGCGCCGAGGUCGCUGAGCCAGCAGCGGCCGCCGAGGCUGAGGUGCCGCCCGCCGCCAAGUACCUGUACGAGAAGGCCAAGUAUGACAUCAUCUCCAACAUCCUGAGGAACUUCUAGGGUGGGAAGGUUGGGCAGCCUGCGCCCGCCUGGCCUGCAGUGCCUCCUGUCUUGCACCGCCCAGUGACCCCCUUUACGGCGAUUCCCAAAACUGGAGCCCACCGUGGCACACCUGCUCCCUCUGCCUGGCCUGCCUGCCUGCCCCUCCAGGGUCUGUAAAUCCUGUUUCUCCCUUGAGGCACAGCGGGGAAGUUGCUUCCUCCAGGAAGCCCCUGCCUUCCCCAGCUCACUGGGUCCUGACACCUCGUGGCGUUGCUGCUGUGUCCCCAGCCAGAUGGCGCUGUGUCCACUCACAGCAGGCUGGCUGCAGCUGUGCCCUGGGAGGGCAGAUCCUUUCGGGAAAGACCCUGAGCACCUCUGCUCUCUGCCUACUCACUGUGACCACCAAAGACCCCUUCCCAUGUCCAAAAACCUCGAGACCCACGGGAAGGUUCAGUAAAACAUUUCUGAAGCAAA